CCGAAGUUUGAUUGGGAGUCUACUCUACUUAACGGCUACGAGGCCGGACAUCAUGUAUGCUACAAGUUUGCUCUCGAGGUUCAUGGAAAGUCCAACUGAGACUCAUUAUGGAGCGGCAAAGAGACUCCUUAGGUAUCUACAAGGAACCAUCAAUUAUGGUAUUUGGUACAAAACAACUCCUGACUCACGACUAACUGGAUAUUGCGACAGUGAUUGGGCUGGAUCUCAAGAUGACAUGAAAAGCACCUCCGGUUACGCAUUUAAGCUGGGUUCGGGAAUUUUCUCAUGGGGAUCAAAGAAGCAAGAUUCUGUUGCACUAUCUUCAGCCGAAGCCGAGUAUGUUGCAGCAGCCGGAGCAGCUUGCCAAGCUAUAUGGCUAAAAAGAAUAUUAGAAGACAUGGGAGAAUUGCAAAGUUCUGCGACUCAAAUAUUUUGCGACAACAAGUCAGCUAUUGCGAUGGCUAAAAAUCCAAUUCAGCACAAUCGUACUAAGCACAUCGAUAUCAAGUAUCACUUCUUGAGAGAUGUCCAAGCAAAGGGGCAUAUUGAGAUGAAGUACUGCCCAACAGAAGAACAAUUGGCAGAUAUUUUCACGAAUGCCCUGCCAAGAGACAGAUUCCAGUUUCUGCGAAGAAUGCUUGGAGUCACCGACAAAUGCAUCAAGGAGGAGUAUUAAAUAGUGAUGCAUUUAUCUAGAAUAUUCUAUGUAGAAAAGGCUAGAGAUGAUCUAGAGAGUUAAAGGUAGAAAGUAUUCUAGAAAAUUCUCUACUAGAGAAUUCUUAUGUAAAAUCUAGAGUAAUUAGACAUAGAUGUAGAAUACUCUAGAAUCAUAGCAUUUAAUAAGGAUCUAGAAUGAUCCUCUAGCUCCUAUAAAUAGGACUCAUUGUACUCAUUUUCAAACCAAGCAAAAACCAAGAAACAUCAAUACAAUACUACUUAUCUAGAGACAAGAGCUCUCCUCUAAAACACAUCAUCUACAUUACACCUCACUAAAAUCACUUAUUCUACUCAUACAACCAACAACCUCUUCUAUUUUCUAACAAGGACCCAUUCCAUGAGCCAUGAUCUUGGGAAGAGUGGGGCUUGCCGGUGGUUGGAUGAUGGGAGGGAGGGGGUCACGGUUGUAUUGGCUUCUAAGAAUGAAGGUGGGGGAUUGAAGCCCAAUAAAUUAAUAUGGUGUAGGUAGAUGGUUAUCUUACAGAGUAAAUGACAAAACAGAG